AUGAAUGUGUUAUUCAACAACGAACGAGAUGAAUCAGUUGAUUACUAUGCAAUUCUUGGAUGUGAUGAACUUUCCAAUAAAGAUCAAAUUCAAGCUGAAUACCGCGUUCGAGCACUUCAGUAUCAUCCUGAUAAAAAUUUAGACGAUCCCGAAGCAAUGGACCGAUUCAAACAGCUUCAGGAAGCAAAAGAAGUUCUUUGUAAUGAUGUUCAACGCAAGGCAUAUGACUAUUGGCGUAAUAGUCAUAUAGCUGUUCCCUGGAAAAAAUGGCAGUCAAUUAAUGAACGAAGUCAACCGUAA